AUGGGUGGGAUGACGUCAUCAAUGGCGGCGAAGUUCGCGUUCUUUCCGCCAAACCCGGCAUCGUACAAGAUGGUGAGGGACGGAAUGACGGGGCUGUUGGUGAUGAGUCCGUUCCCACACAGGGAAAAUGUGGAAGUGUUGAAAUUGCCGACUAGGAAGGGGACGGAGGUAGUUGCACUCUACAUUCGACACCCCAUGGCUACCUCCACUCUUCUCUACUCUCACGGUAACGCCGCCGAUCUCGGUCAGAUGUAUGACCUCUUCAUCGAAUUGAGCAUCCACUUAAAAGUUAAUCUCAUGGGGUAUGACUAUUCCGGGUACGGACAGUCUUCCGGGAAGCCAAGUGAGCAAAAUACCUACGCAGAUAUUGAGGCUGUAUAUAAAUGUCUUGAGGAAAGCUAUGGCGCAAAGCAGGAGAAUAUCAUCCUUUACGGUCAAUCCGUUGGCAGUGGCCCCACUUUGGAUCUUGCAGCUCGUCUGCCUCUGUUGAGGGCUGUCGUUCUGCAUAGUCCUAUACUUUCAGGCUUAAGAGUCAUGUAUCCUGUGAAGCGUUCUUAUUGGUUUGACAUAUAUAAGAACAUUGACAAAAUCACAUUGGUUAAUUGCCCCGUACUGAUCAUUCAUGGAACUUCAGAUGAGGUUGUGGAUUGCUCUCAUGGUAAGCAGCUCUGGGAACUGUGUAAAGAGAAAUACGAACCACUAUGGCUUAAAGGAGGGAACCAUUGUGAUUUAGAGCUAUAUCCAGACUAUAUAAGGCAUCUGAAGAAGUUCAUAUCAACUGUGGAGAAAUCACCUUCCCAGAGAUACAGUUCCAGGAAGAGCACAGACCAGUUUGAGCAGCCUCGGAGGAGCACAGAUGUUUUCGAGGCUUCCAGGAAGAGCACUGACCGGAGAGAGAAACCAAGGCACAGCACCGACAGGCCAGAAAAAUUGAAAAAUCAGUCCAAUAAUGCCGACAAGCUAGAAAAACUGAAAAUCUCUUUUGACCAACUGGAAAGGUCCAGGAGAAGUGUGGAUUGCAUAGAGAAAUCCCGGAAAAGCAUUGACCACCAACUGGAAAGAGCUCGGAAGAGUGUUGAUCGGUUGGAUAGAAUAAGAACUGGGUAAUUUUUCCUACAGCAAUUCUAAAAUUCAUGCUUGGGUUUGGUGAUUCGUGCCUUUUUUUCUUUGUUUAAUUUAUGGUCUUCCAGCAUUUUAGUUGGUUUGUGGAAGCUCUAUAAUGGCAAAAAAUGAAAUAGGGUGUGGUGUCAAAAUGGGAUUGUAUCGAAUGUAUCCUUGCUCUUUUGCUUUUCUGACUUUAGAUAUCAUCCUGUUUCCA